CGAUGCAGAACUGACGCACCUUAACUCGCCAGAGUCAGGACUUUAAAGCCAGAGGGAGUUAGCUGUAUGCUAUAGGGAUGUAAACCAUCAGCACCAGUUCUGUUUGGGACAUGACACCAUUCUCUAGAGUACCUCAUCCUCUCUCUCUCCCCUCCCUACAAGUGUGUUGUUUGUAAGGUGAGAUGUGUUAUUGCAGUAGCACUAUCGGCUGCAGCAGGCUGUUUGUCAUAGAUAUUUCCGGAUACUGUUUCCUUUAGUGUGAGUUUGCGGAUACACUUGCUUCUGCUGAAGGUGACUUGUGGAUUUUACAGCCGUGAGUUGUGCCACGGACACACCGCAGUGGACUGAAGCCUCUCAGCCGGGAUCUGUACUGAGGAGGUGGUGAGAUGGAGCCUGGGUGCCGAGGGAUCUGAAACGCCUGAAAGGCCCAGAAUCAAGUCACUCCUCUCUAAGAACAGCCAGGGCAUGGGCACAGCCUCUCAGCAGGAGCCCCAGAAAGACAUGGAGGGCUAUUACAACCUUUUGCAGGCAGGCUCCGAGCUUGAGAGCACACUGCAACAGGUUACAGUCCCUGUGAGUAUGCAGGAGGUGGCUGGCUACAUUGAAAAACAAGUGGCCUAUUUAUCAGGAGGUCGUGGUGAGGAUUCUAGUGUCAUCAUCACUCUCCCAGAAUGCUCUGCUUUCAGUGACAUUCCUGAAGAAGCUUUGGCCAAAGUACUCUCAUACCUCACAUUGAUCCCAAGAGCCCGGCAACCUGGUGUCAAAUUUAUCAUCGUUUUAGACCGAAGAUUGGAUACUUGGAGCUCGAUCAAAACAGCCCUCGCUAGAAUUGCGGCCUCAUUCCCUGGAAACCUGCAUCUGGUCUUGGUGCUGAGGCCAACCAGUUUCUUCCAGCGUACCGUCACUGAUCUCGGCUUCCGCUUUAGUCAGGAGGACUUCAUGCUUAAAAUGCCCGUGGUGAUGCUCAGCUCUGUCACAGAUCUCCUGCGUUACAUUGAUGAAAACCAACUGACCUCAGAGUUUGGAGGAACUCUAGACUACUGCCACAGCAACUGGAUUGUCUUGAGAACAGCUAUUGAGAGUUUUGCUGUUAUGGUUAAGGACAUUGCUCAGAUGCUGCAGGCCUUUGGUACAGAGCUGGCUGAAAGCCAGUUAUCAGAAGAGUGCAAUGCUAUUGAGCUCCUACUGCUGUCUCACACUGAGAAAUACAGGAGACUUAAGGACGCCAUCAGAUCAGUGAUGAGGGAAGGCCGACAGCUGCUCUCUAACCUUGAGACUUCAAGGAAGGAAGGGCACUCGGACACAAAUUGGGAUAUAACCCAAGACUGGGAUACCAUGCAGAGGCUGCUGGCUCAGCUUUCUGACAUGGAGAUGGCUUUUGAUGGCUUCUUUGACAAACACCACCUUAAGCUACAGCAAUAUUUACAACUGCUGAGAUACGAGCACAGCUUUCAGGAGAUGGAUAGCUCUUUAGAGAAGUUACGAGCUCAGGAGAGGAAGGUGAACGUUACAGGAGAAUCCUUGUUCCAGAUGGAGCAGACGGCCAGAGAGCUGGACAGCCUGGAGAGACGUGCGCAGGAGGAGAUGAGCCGUGCUCAGGUUAUUAUCCUGCAUGGGCAUCAGCUGGCUGCCGGGCAUCACUACGCCAUGGCUCUGAUCAUCCAGCGCUGUAAUGAACUGAGACAUCAGUGUGACAACCUGACCUCUGCCCUCAGUACUAAAUGCAACACGCUUGCUCAAACAGAGACUUUACUGCGGCGCCUUGAAGAGGCCCAGCGCUGGUGUGAUGAUGGUGCGUAUCUCUUGGCCAAUCAGCAGGUGGAUAAAUUCCAGUCCAAAGAAGGUGCACAAGCUGCUCUUCGAGAUAUAGAGAAGUUCCAGGAGGGGGCGCCACCUCUCCUCAUUGCAGGCUCUGAUGUGCUCUAUCUGGAGUUUGAGUCAGUUCUCACUUCUUAUUUACUGGCCCAUAUAGAGAAGACAUUUGAAAAGCAUAGUUCUGUGCAGGCUUUGAUUCAAUGCAGACAGAAGAGCCUGAGGAAGAUGGCGGACAAACUUGUACGGCCAGUCCAACUGGUGACCCCUCGGCCAGAGAACCCACCACAGCGCUCGAAAUCUCCCCUUUUCUCCCCCAAGCAUGAUUUUAAUUCCGGUUUAAAGUUCACCUUUGAUCUCCCACUGCCAGGCAAAAAAACUUCAAGGAAAUGCCCAAACUCCAGGAAGAUUGAGGUGAUUCAUGACUAUCAGAUGCCCAAUUCUCCCCCCUACUGUAUGGAUGGAGAGGAGGGUGCUGAACUACUGAAGCGGCACGUAAUGAAUGAGCUGAUAGAGACAGAGAGGAUAUAUGUGGAAGAGCUGCUGGCAGUUCUCCUGGGCUACAGGGCUGAGAUGGACAGUCCGACACUUGCUUUGCUUCUGCCAACAAAUCUCCGCAACAAGAGAGACGUGCUGUUCGGAAACCUGCCUGAUAUCUACAACUUCCACAGCAGUGUCUUCCUACAAGAUUUGGAAAGCUGUCUGGAUACCCCGGAGGCAGUAGGGGCAUGUUUUCUGGAGCAGAAAGAGCAUUUUCAUUUGUAUGAAUGUUACUGUCAGAACAAGCCUCGGUCUGAUGCCCUAUGGAAACAGUUCUCCGACUGUCCAUUCUUCCAGGAAUGCCAGAAGAAGCUGGAACACAAACUGGGUCUUGACUCAUACCUGCUGAAACCAGUCCAGCGUCUUACAAAGUACCAGCUGCUACUAAAGGAGCUCUUGAAGUACAGCUCAGGCUGUGAGAGGAUUUCUGAGCUGCGGGGGGCGCUAGCAGCCAUGCUGGACCUGCUUAAAUCAGUCAAUGAUUCAAUGCACCAGAUUGCCAUCACUGGAUAUGAGGGAGAUCUUGGUGAUCUGGGCCGUGUGUUAAUGCAAGGCUCUUUCAGUGUAUGGAUCGGUCAUAAGAAGGGUCCGACACGUGUGAAGGAACUUGCCCGCUUCAAGCCCAUGCAGCGACAUUUAUUCCUGCAUGAGCAUGCGCUCCUGUUCUGCAAGCGCCGGGAGGAGCACGGAGAAAAUGCUGACAAGACUUCCUCCUACAGCUUCAAGCACUGUCUCAAGAUGAGUGCAGUUGGCAUUACGGAAAAUGUCAAAGGAGACGUGAAGAAGUUUGAGAUCUGGUACAGCGGUAGAGAAGAGGUCUAUGUGAUACAGGCACCCACUGUGGAGGUAAAGAUUGCCUGGCUGAACGAGAUCAGAAGGAUCCUGACCAACCAGCAGAAACAACUCAAAGAGGAGUUGUGUCAUUCCGCUGCAGUUUCAGAGCACAUGCAGUUGUCUCCGCCCCAUUCACUGAGCAAGCAGCCCAGAGCGUCAGUCAGCCCGGAGGGGAGUGAGUCGGGUCAGAGCAGUCCAGACCCGCUCAGUUGCUCCAACAAGCACCAGCCCAGCAGACGCAGCUGGCCGGGUGCACCCUAUUCUGUAGAUAUCUGUGAAGGUCUGGAGGACUGGAGUGGAGCAAAUGGCCUCUCUAAUCCAUCUGACACCGAGGAGGAAGACGCUGCCCAUCUGGUACCAGGCAGAUACAGAGCUUUCGUCAAUUGGCGGAGAAACGGGUCGGAUCAUUUGAUCAUUAAAUGUGGUGAUGUCAUACAACUGCAAAAUGUGGAGAACGAUGGCCAGUGGCUGGUAAAGAAUCUGAGUCGUAGACAGGAAGGCAGAAUUCCUUCUGCCAACCUUCAAGGCAUCCUGGGAGAUGGCAUCAAAAAUCACUCCAGCAGGCUAGUAGACCCAGGGAAUCAAAAAACACGAAAACUCAGCUCACCAUAAAGGACUUAUUCAGCGCAGUCUUGAACCUUCACAUACUGUACACACAAACUCUAGUGAAUCAGAUCUUAUGUGACUACAUCAUUGUGAACUUCAUGGAUUCAGAUCUGAACGGCUGGAUGAUAUUCAGAAUAUUUCAGGGUUCUUUCAGUGUACUGGAUCCUCAUGGACGGGUGCAUCAAAAUGCAUCACGGCUGUUUUUUAUAUUUCCAAUCAUAAAUGUGAGGAUGGUCCGCUCCAGCCCAUCCAGAAUUCCAAGAGAGCGCUCUUAAAGGUCUUUCCUCUGCCUGAACACUUCAGUCCUCCUGACUUCUUUGGGAUCGUCCCAGUAGACUUAUCAAUUGUUUUUUUAAGGCCUAAAUCACAGUUGCUGUGUUGACAGUGAACUCUUAUGGGCCU